AUGCAUCGUACGUACUUGCAAUCUAUUUCAGAACCAGAUUUUUAUUCCUUCGUACAGCAAAUCCCCAGUGCUAUGGACUGGAAAUGGCUAUGGGAAUUCUUGGAGGGUAUGAUAAAGCCGGUGGCGGCACUGGCGGUGGUGCUGGUGGCGGUGCUAUUGUCGUAUUUUCAGAGGCUUCGUUUGGAAGGUGAAAUGGUUUAUGCGGUUUUCAGGGCUUUUCUUCAACUAUCUGUUAUUGGGUUUGUUCUGCAGUUCAUUUUCACUCAGAAAAAUGCUGGAUGGAUCGUUCUGGCUUAUCUUUUCAUGGUUUCUGUUGCUGCUUAUACAGCAGGUCAACGUGCUAAACAUGUACCUCGAGGGAAGUACAUUGCAGGGAUGGCCAUUCUUGUCGGAACAGCAGUUACUAUGUUCAUGCUAGUCAUUCUAAAGGUCUUCCCUUUCACCCCCCGGUACAUUAUCCCUGUUGCCGGGAUGAUGGUUGGGAAUGCAAUGACAGUGACUGGGGUUACAAUGAAGAAACUCCGGGAUGACAUCAAGAUCCAAAUGAAUCUGGUAGAGACAGCACUUGCUCUUGGGGCUACCCCUCGUCAGGCAACUCUACAGCAGGUGAAAAGGGCACUGAUCAUUGCACUCUCUCCGGUCUUGGAUAAUGCCAAAACCGUAGGCCUAAUAUCACUUCCGGGUGCCAUGACUGGCCUUAUAAUGGGAGGAGCUUCUCCUUUGGAAGCCAUUCAACUGCAGAUCGUGGUAAUGAACAUGUUAAUAGGGGCUUCAACUGUCAGCAGCAUUUUGUCAACAUAUCUCUGUUGGCCAACGUUUUUCACCAAAACUUAUCAGCUUGAAACAAAAGUAUUCUCUUUAGAUUGA